AUGGUGAUGGUGUAUCCGGGGGUUUAUCCACUAGCGUGGAUAGAUGUGGGCAGUGUGGGCAGCACCACCUCUGGGUCUGCUGUAGGCAAUAUGUAUCUCUUAUGGGGACCUGGAGGUGGCAAAAAAAGAAAAUUAAGAAGACACAGAAGUAUUCAUACAGCAGAAAGACUUUAUCACUGUGAAAUCUGUGGUCGAUCAUUUUCUGCAAGAGGUAAAUUAAAUAGACACAAACGGAUCCAUACAGGAGAGAAGCCAUAUCACUGUGAUAUUUGUGGCAAAGCAUUCUCUGAAGGAAGCAGCUUAACUAAACACAAACGUGUUCAUACAGGAGAGAAGCCAUAUUAUUGUGAUGUAUGUGGUAAAUCAUUCUCUAUAAAUGGUGAUUUAACUCGACACAAACGCAUUCAUACAGGAGAGAGACCAUAUCACUGGAGCAACUUAACGAAUCACAAACGUAUUCACACAGGAGAGAAACCGCAUCGUUGUGAUAUCUGCGACAAGUCAUUUGCUCAGAGGGGUCACUUGACAACACACCAAUAUAUUCAUGCAGGAAAGAAGCCGUAUGCCUGUGAUAUCUGUGAUAAAUCAUUCUCUCUAUUAGGUUUGUUAACUUCACACAAACACGUUCACACAGGAGAGAAACCAUAUCAGUGUGAAGUCUGCGGUAAAUCAUUUGCCCAAAAUUCGAAUUUAACUCAACACGAACACACUCACAGAGGAGAGAGACCAUAUCACUGUGAGAUAUGUGGUAAAGCUUUCUCUCGAAAUGAUUAUUUAACUACACACAAACACAUUCAUACAGAAGAUAAACUGCACAACUAA